AUGGCGGCGUCCUCUGCCGUUGCCACCGAGCAGCCUGUGGAGAAGUUCCGCAAGGACUACAAGGAGCCUGACUACUGGGUGAGGAACGUCGACCUCCUCAUCCAGAUCCACGAUGGGCAGACGACCGUGCGUGGGAAGCUAUCGGCGGAGAGAAGGAAGGGGGCGCAGGAGUCCGCCACCCUCCGCCUGGAUGCAGAGGACGUUGAGGUAGUAUCUGUGCUCCUCAACGGCAAGGAGCUCUCGUCCUCGGACUAUCACUUCCCUGAGAAGGAUGUGCUUGAGAUCAAGUGCGGGCUGCCUGACAAGUUCGAGCUAGAGACUGUGGUCAAGAUCAAGCCGGAGGACAACACUCAGCUUUCGGGCCUCUAUAAGUCUUCCAGCAUGUACUGCACGCAGUGCGAAGCUGAGGGCUUCCGCCGCAUCACCCCGAUGCUCGACCGCCCUGACGUCAUGGCCAAGUACAAGGUGAGGAUCGAGGCGGAUCAGAAGUCCUGCCCGGUCCUCCUGUCCAACGGGAACCUGGUGAGCAAGGGGGAGAUGGGCGAGGGAAGGCACUUCGCCGAAUGGGAGGAUCCGUUCCCGAAGCCCUCCUACCUGUUCGCCGUCGUUGCCGGGGACCUCGGCUCGAUCAAGGACACCUUCACCACCCGGUCGGGCAGGAAGGUGGCGCUGGAGAUCUUCAGCGAGCACGCGAACGUGGACCAGCUGGACUGGGCGAUGCAAAGCCUCAAGGACUCGAUGAAGUGGGACGAGGAGAGGUUCGGGCUCGAGUACGACCUUGACAUCUACAACAUCGUUGCCGUCAACGACUUCAACAUGGGCGCUAUGGAGAACAAGGGGCUCAACGUGUUCAAUACCGCUUGCGUGCUCGCCAAGCCGUCGACUGCGACAGACAGCGACUACGAGAGAGUCCAGGGAGUGAUCGCGCACGAGUACUUCCACAACUGGACUGGCAACCGCGUCACCUGCCGUGACUGGUUCCAGCUGACGCUGAAGGAGGGUCUGACGGUAUUCAGGGAUCAGCAGUUCAGUGCUGACAUGACCUCCGAGGCCGUCAAGAGGAUCGAGGACGUUCGCAUCCUCCGCGCUGCGCAGUUCCCGCAGGACGACAGCCCCAUGGCGCAUCCCAUCCGCCCGGAGAGCUACAUCGCUAUGGACAACUUCUACACGGCCACCGUCUACAACAAGGGAGCGGAGGUGAUCGGCAUGUACCAAACGCUCUUGGGCAAGGAAGGCUUCCGCAAGGGCAUGGACCUCUACUUCAAGCGCCAUGAUGGCACUGCAGUUACCUGCGACGACUUCCGUGCCGCCAUGGCUGACGCCAACGGCGUUGACCUCGAGCAAUUCGAGCGCUGGUACACCCAGGCAGGGACGCCGACGGUGGAGGCCAAGGCCUCCUACUCGGCAGACAAGCAGCGCUUCGAGCUGGUUCUCUCCCAGUCCUGCGGCCCCUCCCCUGGGCAGCCGACAAAGCAGCCCUACCACAUCCCCGUGCGCGUCGGCCUCAUCGGCAAGGACGGGAAGGACCUCGUCCCCGAGCGGGUGCUAGAGCUCAAGGAGGCGUCGCAAACGUUCGUGUUCGAGGGCGUGAAGGAGGAGCCGGUCGUGUCGCUCCUCCGUGGCUUCAGCGCUCCUGUCAACGUGAAGUUGCCUCGCAGCGACGAGGAGCUCGCGUUCCUCAUGGCCAACGACCAGGACUCGUUCAACAGGUGGGAGGCAGGGCAGGAACUCUUCACUCGCUCCAUCCUCGCCAACGUCAAGGCCUUCCAGGACGGCAAGGACAUGGAGCUGCCGCAGGUCAUCGUGGACGCAGCCAAGAGGACGCUCCUCCUCGAGGACAUCGACAAGUCGCUGCAGGCCUACGCGCUCACGCUCCCCUCCCUCCUCACGCUCGGAGCGAAGAUGGACGUCAUUGACCCCGACGCCCUGGUGGCUGCCUGCAAGUUCGUCAAGGAGAGCAUGGCCAAGAAACUCCGAGCGGAGUUCGAGACAGCGUACAAGUCGAACCAGCUGCCUUCCGAGCCCUUCCGCAACGACGCAGACGCUGUGGGUAGGAGGAGGAUCAAGAACGUCUGCCUGGACUACCUCAUGGCGCUCAAGGAGGACAAGUACACGAAGCUCUGCCUUGACCAGGCGCUGCAGUCCACCGCUAUGACUGACCUGGUGGCCGCCACGUCACUCCUGGCCGGCAGCUCCGACGAGGCGGCAAGGAAGCAGGCAUUGGAGAACUUCUACGAGAAGCAUGCCAAGGGCAACGACCUCAUCCUCUGCAAGUGGUUCACCAUGCAGGCCAUGGCGGACGUGACCACGUCCCUGAGCGACGUUGGAGCGCUCCUGCAGCAUCCUGACUUCUCGCUCAAGAACCCCAACAAGUGCCGAUCCGUCAUCGGAGCCUUCGCAGGCAACAUGAAGCACUUCCAUGCCGCCGACGGCUCCGGCUACCGCUGGCUGACCGAUCGCAUCCUCGACAUCGAUAAGAUGAACCCUCAGAUGUCUGCUCGCCUCGUCUCCUCCUUCUCCACCUUCCGCCGCUACGACCAGAAGCGCCAGGCGCUUAUCAAGGCUGAGCUCGAGAGACUCAUCGCUACCUCGGGGUUGAGCAGAGACGCAUACGAGAUUGCUUCCAAGAGCUUGAAGGCGUGA